AUCUUGGGUUUUAUACUUGGAUUUUUCUUCUUCACCAUCACAACCUCUUCUUCUCUUCUCUCUCUCUCAAACCCUAAUCUUGGAUCUUCCUUUGUCCCUCUUUCUCUAUUUGUCUUUAACUUCGGCAACAGGAUCAGGAAUCAAAGUGUUGAAAUGGAAGAAUUUGAUGUUGGGUAUGAGUCCAAUUUCUUCUUCUCAUGGAAGGUUCUUAACAAUAAAUAUUGGUACAAGUUUGGAUAGUCUUUGAAUUGUUUCACGUUUUAUGUAGGUUUCAUUAGGAAUCUUGUAGGGUUGUUAAAAUCCUGAUAUCAUGUGGAAUGUGGAAUUGGAAAAGAUUUGAUCAAUUGUUGCAAUGAUGUGAUUGUCAGUGGAGUAGGUAUUUAAUUCAUUUAAGAUAUAUUCAUUGUUUUCUGAGUCCUAAAUUUGAAUUUACUGGGGGAGCAUGGAGAAAUCAUCUGAUGUUAGCCAGUUGGAUGCUGAUGUUCUUUUACCACCUCGGAAGCGUCUUCUUGCUGGAUUGAAGAAACAGGGUUCGGACAGUGAUGCUACUGCCUCACCUUCUCCAGUUGCUGCUUCUUGUGUAACCGAUGUUGCUUCCCCCUCAUCCUCAUCAUUUUCAACUGAAUUUGAGGCCCGGCUGAAGCAUUUGUUAAGUUGUCAUUCAGAUAACCCUAACCUUACACCUGAAGAAGUUGUGGAGGCCUCAAAAGCUGCAGCAAUUGCUGCGACUAAAGCUGCAGAGGCUGCCAGAGCAGCAGCUGAAGAAAAGGCUGCAAUAGCUGCAACGGCAGUAGCUGCAGCCAAGAGGGCUUUAGAUUUGGUUGCAUCUUUCUCCGAGGAGGCGGCAAACAAGGAAAGAAAUUUGAAGAAAAACAAGUCAAAGAAGCAUCUCCCAGUUCAGCUGUUGUACAAAAAAAACCAGCCAGUUGAAAAUUGUAGGACAGAUGAAGAAUUAGCUCGUAAGUUACAUCGAGCCAUGAACAGUUCUCCAAGAAUCUCUAAGAAUUCUCCAAACUCAGACUCAAAAGGUAGUAAACAUAAGAAGCCAAGAAGCUCCUCAAGUUUUGAAAUUACAGAGGGAUCUGAAUCUGGUGUGGCACUUGGACAUGAUUGCUUAUCUUUGAACAACGAGCAUGCAGUAGCUGGCAAAAUUGAUUCUGAAGGAUCCGUCCAAGAGGUAAGCUCAAGUAAGAAAGAUAAGAGAGGGCUGAAAUAUUAUAGACCAAGCCAAUUAGAGAUAGAUAAUGGGGAAGCAGAGUCGAGUCAAUCAAAAGGGAAGAACUGUGAAGAGUCAUCUCCCAUAGGUAAGAAGAGAGGAAGGGUGAAGCUAAAAAAGUUACCCUUAAGCAUUUGCACCUCGAAAGAUAAGGCACUGCCAAAAGAAGAAAUAAGAGCCAGAAGUUCUCCAUUGACUGGAAUGAACACAGGCAAUAAUGCUGUUGAUAGUAUGCAUUUGUUUACAGUUGAGUCAUCCACUGACAGAGCGUUGCCUAUUGAGGCUACGUCAAUGUGGAAAUGCCAAGAUUUCAAGGCACCGGCUUGUAUCAAACAAAAUAAAGCUGUGCAGUCAUAAAAUUCAUAUAUUACAAUGGAAUGGCCAUGUGCUACUGUGAUAGAUGUUGAUAGCUGAGGUAGGAAUCAUCAUGCUUCUUUUUUACAAUAUGGAAUUUAUCUUUUUUGUUCAUUUUGGUUUUGUAAUGGAUUUGUACUGAUUAAAUGUAAAUUUAGAUUUAGUUGCUUGCUAUACAUCUUUCAGUUCAAAGUUGUGCUACUUUAACUGGCAGGAAAUCUUGAAUUUAGAAAAAGGAGGAUCCAAUGAAUUGAUCAGCUUUUUCAUUGUGCUGCUUAUUUCUGCUCCUCAUUUCUGUUUUAGAAUAAAAGGUGAAGACCUGGUGGUUUUUUUA